AUGACACGAAGCAAAAACUACAACCAUCCGGGGCGGUACAGGGGAGUGAGGAAGCGAGGGGAAUUUCGGUACAUUGCAGAGAUUAAAGACACCAAAAGUGGGGUCCGCAGGUGGUUAGGCACGUUCCCUUCUGCAGAGGACGCUGCUAGGGCGUUUGAUGAAGCUGCUAUGAAAAUCCGAGGAGCAAAGGCGAAGCUUAACUUCCCUGAAAGGUAUUUUCUAAAAGGGGAAGGGGUGGUAGUACCGGGCUCGGAUCCUGCAGCCUCAUCGGGUGCAGAGACUAAAAUGGAAACAGAAGGAGAGGUUGCAGGGCAGGAUGGUGGAGAGGCUGGCAUGGGAGUGCAAACAGGUGGGGUGGUAACGCAGGUUAGGGAGGAUAGUAGUAUCAGGAGCUGCGUAGGGAAAGGGAAGGAGGUACUAGGAUAUGGUGAUUAUACUGCAGCCGGGGGACUGGUGGGAGAAGGUGUGGUUCAGACGAUGCUGAGAGAGGGAAGAUCUGGGGAAGUAACUGCAGCCUUUGCGGUGCCUCACAGGCUGUUCGGAGAGGGAUCAAGUAGUGCAGUGGCGGAGGGGAAGGCGGAGGAGGAGGAGGAGGAGGAGGAGGAGGAGGAGGAGGAGGAGGAGGAGGAGGAGGAGGAGGAGGAGGAGGAGGAGGAGGAGGAGGAGGAGGAGGAGGGGGAGGAGGAGGAGGAGGAGGAGGAGGAAGAGGAAGAGGAAGGCUCCACUGUAAGCGGUAGUAGCUCGAGCUUAGCUGCUCCUUCCUCCUCAUCCGCCCCGUCCAUCUCUGCUAAUUCCGCCUCUGCCUCCUCCGCCUCUGUCGCUGCCCUCCCAUCCACCUUUGUUGAUAUUCCAAUCCCUGAAGCUGCGCUCACUGCGCUCACUGCGCUCACUAGCGGCGUUCAUAUCCUCCCUCCGGAGGAGCUGCCAAAUCCUAUAGUGAUACCUGAAUCGGAUCUUAACAGGGUUGAGGAGAUGGGGUUUGAGGAGAUGGGGUUUGAGGAGAUGGGGUUUGAGGGGGUGGGGUUUGAGGGGGUGGCAGAAGGUGAGAGGGAGUGGACCUCCGAGCUUGCGGAGCAGUUUGCUCAGCAGCUGGGGGGGAUUGAAGAAACCAAUUGGGAUGGAGGGAGUGGUGUUGGUGCUGGAAAGGGCAAGGAGGCAGUGGAAGAUAGGGAGAUGUCUCUGGGGGAAGAAAGGGAGAUGUCUCUGGGGGAAGAGAGGGAGAUGUCUCUGGGGGAAGAAAGCAGUGGAAGUAGAGAGUCUGAUGGUGGGGAAGGGGCGAUGGAGGAGGAGGGUGCGGCGAGGGCGGGCACGGGAAUAGAUGAGCGUUUGGCUGGCCUUGUUCCUAGUGACGAUGAGCCCACUGUGGGCAGUACAGGUGGUGUGGGUGGUGUGAUUGGUGCAAGUGGCGCUGAUGUUGCGGGUGGUGUGGGUGUUGUUGGUCCGGUUGAUGGUAGAGCUGCUGCAGCUACCAAUGUGGGCAGUGGGAAUGGCUUGAAAACUACCAUAAACGUUGCAGCCGGUGUUGCUGGUGUUGCACUUGUUGGGGGUGUCGAUGGUAUGGCUGGCGUUGCUGGUGGUUCAGUCCCCUACUCGCGCCAUGUCCCUCCUUCCCCCGCCAAUCCACCCUCCAACUUCGAUGGUACGGCCAGCUUGCAUGGUCACAACAACACAGACAAGUGCAGCAUCGAUGACUUGGAGCAUGAUGCCUCUAGGAGAAACAGUGGCUAUGGUGCUGACAACAGCGGAGGAGAUGUCUUCAUGCAGGAGUCUGCACCACAGGGCUUCAUGCCUGCUGAUGCUGCUCCUACUGACCACCCUAGUGCUGAGCAGAUGUGUGCUGACCACCCUAGUGCUGAGCAGAUGCGUGCUGACCAGUCUAGUGCUGAGCAGCCCAGUGCCGAGCAGCUGUAUGCUGCCCAGCAGCAGAUCAUGGCAGACUUGACCCUUCCUCUGCCUCACCUCUCAGCGGACCAGUUGCUCCUGAGAGAUGCUGAACACUCUGGGUUUUCUCCCUGGAACCUCAUCUCCCCAUCGUCUCGCAUCGAGGGGGCAGCCUGUCACGAUUUUCAGAACCAGGCCAAUGAUGUCCCCUCGAUGACGCAUUUGGGAGCAACAGGUGCAGGUUUGGGGAUUGGGGGACAGGCUACUGAUUCAGGAGGCUUGUUGCAUACAGGGAAUCUCGAGCAUUUAGGGGUGAUUACCCCUAGUGCUAGAACGUACACCGUUGAUGCACUAGAGAUGUUCUUGAUGGAUAAUGGGAAGCACCGGGAAUAA